AUGGAAGGGUCUGAUCAGUAUAUGCCAAAUGAGUAUCUAUGCCCGAUAACUCAAGAGCUUAUGGAUGACCCUGUGAUUGCAGCAGAUGGUCACACCUAUGAGAGAGCAGCCAUUGCGGCAUGAAUGGAAAUAAGCAAUGCCAACCCAUUAACAGGAGAAGAGCUCUCAAGCCGAAAUCUCACCCCAAACUACAAUAUAAAAGCUCUAAUUAGCGACUACAAAGAGCAAAUCCGCAAUCAACCCCUAAAUCGUCGCCCUGAAAAUGGCAACAAUCAGCUGCUAGAGCGCCUGAUGAGUUCUUUAUAUGAGCACAUAGCCUCAAGAAAAGACUAUAUAAGCAGCAUCAGAAAAUCUAUCGACGCUCUUAUAAGCUUAAAAUAUGAUUUAGAGCAGAAUCUCUUGAAUUGUAAAAUUUCUAAUACUUCUGGAAAUGCAGGAACUGUCAUAGGAACAGCGUUGCUUUUUACGCCUUUUCCUUGGAUUGGAGCCUUAGCAUUAGUAGCUGGAGGUCUUACAUCAAUAGGAACCUCAAUAGCUCAGCAUUUCAUAGAAAAAGACAGACUGGCCCAGAUGAAAAAAGAAAAAUAUGACUGAAAGAAAGAAUUAAUUUGAGCUACUCCGGACUACUCUUAUUUAGGUUUAUUUUCUACUCGGAUGAGGUUUUUGCUCAGCUAAAAAAGCUUUAAGAGGAUGACUGACGAGAUAGACCGACAUCAAGGAGCGUAGGACUCUGCAUGAUUCAAAGUCGGCAGAGAGUUGGAUCAUUAACGCAAUAUGGAAGCGAGUCCGCUGCUCAUUGGUCUCCAGUGGGGAGAUGGAAGUUAAUUGAUGCAAUCGCAUUGAUACAGGUGUUUUGGUCAAGACAACAGGUGUGAGAUGAUAAGCCGCAUUGUCAUCGCUAGCUAUGAUAAUAACGGCCUUAAGACUUGAGCAGUGAACUUUGACCCUGCCUUAAAAUAGCCUUACGACCUCAAAAUGCAGAAAUUAACGCUAAGAUCUAGAUGAAAAAAAUAUUAGAAAAUGAAGAGAACGCUGCUAAUAAAUUUUAUUUUACGCUUAUAAGACUUGAUAAAUCUAUUGAAGCUACAAAAGGAGCUGCACAAGCUUUAUUGAUGACUAGUAAAAUUAAGAAUACGACGAUUUUCAUCAAAGCUUAUAAUCAUUUUAAAGCGGCGAGAGCGGCAAACGCAGCUUAUAAUUCGGCAAAAACUGCAAAUGCUGCAAAGGCAAUAAACUUUCCUAAAUUAAUGAGGAUUGGACCUGGGGCAAAAAUACUUGGAGCAGCUGGAGCUGCACUUAGCGUAGCUGAUAUUGUGUUGACUUGGACUAUGAAUAAUGAUACAUUGGAGCAAAUAAAAGUGUGCUUAGCAGAGAGAGAAGAAUUAAUAGACUUGCAAGAAAAGGAAUUGAAGCAACUCGAAAAUUUGGUAAAUGAAAAGCUUAGCCAUAAUUAA